AUGGCUCCCCUGCAUUUGUUCCUGUUGGCUGGUGUUUUCAGUGUUGGCCUAUGUCAGUACUAUGACUAUGGUGACUACUAUGCGCCUGUCUCACUCUCUACACCCAACUGUGCCCAGGAAUGCGAAUGCCCUAUUAACUUUCCCAGUGCAAUGUACUGUGACAAUCGCAACCUCAAGUUUAUUCCCAUCGUUCCAUCUGGGAUCAAAUACCUCUACCUGCAGAACAAUCAGAUCAACGAGAUCAAGGCUGGCGUGUUUGACAAUGUCACCGACCUUCGCUGGCUUGUGCUCGACUACAACCAAAUCACCAGUGAGAAGAUCCAAUCAGGUACCAUUGACAAGCUUGGCAGCCUGGAGAAGCUGCAUUUCAAUUACAACAACUUGACCAAGCCACCUGGUCCACUUUCCAAAUCUAUGAUGGACCUGAAGAUGACUGGGAACCAGCUCUCGACGUUCCCUGCUGGCACUCUGGCCGGUAUGGAGAACCUCACGACCUUGUACAUAAAUAAUAACAAGCUGACGUCGGAGAGCAUUGCCGGAGCUUUCAAGGGCCUCAAGUCUCUUAUGUUGCUGGACGUGAGUCACAACAAACUAAAGAAGCUGCCCUCAGGGGUACCCAGCUCUCUCAUGAUGCUUUACGCUGACUACAAUGAUAUUGACAGCGUCCCCUCUGGUUACCUGGCCAAACUGCCUGCACUACAGUACCUGCGCAUCUCCCACAAUAAGCUGGUAGAUAGUGGCAUUCCAGCCGGGGUCUUCAACGUGUCCUUGCUCACUGAGCUAGACUUGUCUUUCAACAAGCUCACGUCCAUUCCCGAGAUCAAUGAAAGCCUGGAGUAUCUCUACCUGCAGGUCAAUGAUAUCAGCAAGUUUGAAUUGGGAAGCUUCUGCAAGUUCAGCUCCCCUGUAAACUACUCCAGACUGAGAAUCCUACGCCUGGAUGGUAACAACCUGACACAGGGCAAUCUCCCUGCAGACACAUCCAACUGCCUCCGUCAGGUUUCAGAGCUCAUCAUCAACUGA